AUGUCUGCGGUCGGCGCGUUAAAGGGCGACAUGCCGCAGCAAGUCAGAUCCCUGUAUCGCCAAUUAUUACGGCAGGGCGAGCAGUUCACCGCCUACAACUUCCGCGAGUAUGCCAAGCGACGGACACGAGACGCCUUCCGGGAAAAGAUGAGCGUGCAGGACCCACGCCAGGUACAGGAGCUGGUGCAAAAGGGCUUGAAAGAGCUGCAGGUGAUGAAGCGGCAAACGGUUGUCGGCCAGUUCUAUCAGCUGGAUCGGCUGGUUGUAGAGAGCGGCAUCUCAGGCAAGGACACUGGCCGAAACGGCGAGGUGGUUCGACAGAAGGAGCCUGGAUGGGCUUGA